GUUAAUAGCGUCUCCCCGGAUGAAUUAAGUUUACCUGAACGCUCAGAUCAUUUAUGUACUUGCGAAUAUAAAGGUCGGAGCAGUGCGACGUGAGCUGUCGAGAACUCAUAGUCGCUUCAUCACGACUGCUAUUGCUCGUUCCCUUCGCGAUAACAGCGAAAUCACAUCGACAAGAUCGAACCCAAGGAAUACUUGAAUCAGAAAGUGUUCAACGCUAUCACGCAAAAUGGUGCAGGCGAGGAAAUACGUGCUGGUAAAUUAUUUCGUGGACCAGCCAAAGCCGACGGAUCUAAAAUUAAUGGAAGAGGAGUUGCCGCCGUUGCAAGAUGGAGAAUAUCUCGUUGAAGCUGAAUUCUUUUCUGUCGACCCAUAUAUGAGAAUUUACGUGCAAAAUUUGCCACUCGGGAUUACAAUGAUUGGCGGUCAGGUAGCCAAGAUUAUAGAAUCUAAGAACCCGGAUUUUCCGGUCGGCAAGAGGAUAGUCGGAUAUUUGGGCUGGAGAACUCAUACAAUUCUCAAUCCAAAUAUACACCAAUCGUUUUCCGAACAAAAACCGUACCUUUUACCAGACAUAGGUGACUUACCUUCGUCUCUUGGUCUUGGCAUGCUGGGAAUGCCUGGUAACACUGCGUAUUUCGGUUUGUUGGAGAUAUGUAAACCGAAAUCUGGCGAAACAAUCGUCAUCAGUGGAGCCGCAGGUGCGGUCGGCUCACACGUGGGCCAGAUCGCCAAAAUUCUGGGCUUAAAUGUUAUCGGUAUAUGCGGCUCCGACGAGAAAUGCAAGUGGCUUACUGAGGAAAUGGGUUUCGAUUUUGCCAUCAAUUACAAGACCAUGCCAGUCGCGGCCAAGUUACGCGAAGUUGCUCCGCAAGGCGUGGAUUGCUACUUCGAUAAUGUCGGUGGAGAUAUCGCUGGUACAGUCAUAUAUCAAAUGAAUCUGUUUGGUCGUGUAGCCCUAUGCGGCAGUAUCUCGAGCUACAAUGCGGACACCAAGUCCUUGCCUAAAUCUACAAUUCUGCAACCUGCUAUAUUGCUAAACCAACUGAAGAUGGAGGGCUUUAUUGCUAGACGUUGGUUGAAUCGAUGGAAUGAAGGAAUCAUGCAGAAUCUGCAAUGGAUACGCGAGGGCAAACUUCAUUACCGUGAGACCGUAACUAAAGGGUUCGAGAAUAUGUUUGAUGCCUUUAUCGGCAUGUUGCAUGGUGAUAACACCGGCAAAGCGAUCGUCCAAGUUUAGAUAUCAAUGCGCGCGUUCGACCGGACAAAACUGCUAGCCUGCUCAACGAGUAUUGAAUGUGAUUGGUUGGAUCUAUAAGUGGGAAAAAAAUGUUAAAUAUCUUAUAUGUA